CCGGACACCAUGUCAGGCUUAGCUCACAUCCCAGCUACAUCAAAGAGCCCAAUCAACUGAUGGAGCAGCUGAUUGGUGGAAGGGAGUCAGCUGAUAGAUCACAUGAUUCCUCUCUAUACAACCAAUUGGAGAAUCUCAUUCAGGGCGCCCUAUUUAAACUGCUCUGUCCUGCCUACUGUUGCUGCUUCCUCUGCAAGCCGCUUUGCAACCUGCCUCCACCCCAGCUCCUCCUUUUCAUGUCAGUGUAAUUUCUGGUUGUCACUGAUGCUGCUCUGUUCUGUUUCUGGGAGGUCUCUGCUGCUGCUCUCCCUGCCUGAGACUUUCCAUGUAGGCUCGGGCUGUAUUUUCCUGACCAAACUCAACCCAAGUCUGAGACAGUUGUAACUGAGCCCGGCCCGACCUCAACAGACUUUUUGAUAUUUAAGUUAGGGCUGCACGGUAUAUGUGGUAGAUGGUGGAAAUGAUAUAAAUUUGGCCCACGGUAGAGAUUUGCACUCUACCGUCCUAUUGUCGAUGACAUCAUCGCACCUGUAAGCAAAAGGAGCUGGUUAAAAAAACGGUGCUACGUCAGUGAUUUGGACUUGGUUCGGCUUUAAACGGUCGGAUAGUGAGGAGAAAAACAUAAUUUGCAAGAUGUGUCGAGUGACAGUGACAGCAAACAAAGGUAACACGAGCAAUUUAUUUUACCAUCUCAAGACAAAGCAUGUGCUCGAGUAUGCGGAGAGCCAGAGGCUGCACUCGGCUCAAACACCGGCUCAGUCUACCAACACGGGAGGAAAGAAAAAAGUUUCCCCCGCUACCCAACAACAGACCUCCAUUGCGCAAGCCUUUUCAAAGAGUACUCCUUAUGACAGAAAGAGCACGCGGUGGAAUGACAUAACAAGAGCCAUCACAACACACUUGUGCAAAGACAUGGUCCCUUUCCAAACGGUGGAGCGCAGCGGGUUUAAAGACAUGAUUAAAACCCUUGAUCCAAGAUACGAGCCUCCGAGCCGCAAGUAUUUUACUGAGACAGAAAUGCCCAAACUGUAUGGCCAGCUCCGAGAGAAAGUUGAGAAAGACUUCCAUGAGUUAAAAUACUACACAACUACUACGGACUUGUGGUCGAGUCGCACCAUGGAGCCUUAUAUCAGCCUCACGAUUCAUUACAUAACUGAUGAGUGGAAACUGGCCAGCAGGUGCUUGCAGACUUCGUAUUUCCCUGAUGACCAUACGGGUGAGGCAAUAGCAGAAGGAUUAAAGGAUGCGCUGGAGUCAUGGGGCCUCAGGGAAGAAUCCCAAGUCUGUAUUACCACCGACAACGGCGCAAAUGUGGUGAAGGCAGUGACGCUGAAUGACUGGAGAAGACUGCAGUGCUUCGGCCACAGGCUGCAUCUCGCCAUUGAAAAGUGUGAAAGAUCCUCGUGUGGAGCGAGCAAUUGCCGUGUGUAAAAGGAUCGUGAGUGCCUUUUCAUACACAUGGAAAAGGAAGAGAGAAUUGGCCGCUGCCCAGGCUGACCUACACCUGCCUCCUCACAGGCUCACCAACAAGGUGGGGUCACGGCAACAAAUGAUAGAGCGGGUUCUUGAACAGGAGAAGGCCAUAUCACAGGUCUUGAAAGCAGAUAAAAAGACCAGACAUCUGGUACCUACUUGGCAGGACACUGAUGUUUGGGAAUCUGUGAACAAGACCCUCAGCCCUCUAAUGGAGUUCACCGAUGCACUGUCUGGGGAGGAGUACGUCAGUGUGUCAUACCUCAGACCUGUGCUUCAUCUGCUGAACAACACAGUUCUUCCUCACUCUGAUGAUGACACAGACCUGACAAAACACAUGAAGACGGCUAUCCUCCAGUAUCUUAAUGAUAAGUACUCUGACCCUGCUACCAAUGACCUGCUGGACAUGGCGUCCUUUGCUGAUCCACGCUUUAAAGACUCAUACAUAGCUGAUGAUAGAAAGGACUACAUCAAGACCAGAGCAGCAGCGGAAAUUCAAGCACUGCUUGAGAUGCAAGCUGAAGCUGUACCUAACACAGAGUCAGCCCCACAAACAAGCACUGCAGCUGCUGGUGGAGCUGUGGAGAGAGAGGCUAAGAAGGUGAAACAAAGUCCGGGCAGUUGUUUCAAAAAAGCAUCCACUCAGCCUGGCCCAGCUGCUCUCUCUGACAGAGAUGCCAUUGAAGUGGAGAUAAAAAGCUACCUGCAGUCAGUGUUAGUUGACGGAGAAGCUAACCCACUAGAGUGGUGGAGGCUGUACCAGGCUAAUUUCCCAAGGGUGGCAAACUUCGCAAAGAAAUAUCUUUGCAUUCCUGCCACCAGUGCCCCUUCAGAGAGGGCAUUUAGCACUGGUGGCAACAUUGUCACAUGCCACCGGUCUGCAUUAAAGCCAGAGACUGUGGACAAGCUUGUGUUUCUGGCUAACAACCUAUAAAAGAGGAUGGGAACUUGGGAAGCAAAUGAACUGGAGUAAACACUAAAGUUCAGUGUUGUUAUUGUUGUUUUUUCUGAAAAGAUGCUAAGUGUACUGUAAGUGUUUCUCUCUUAAAAAAUAUAUUGUUCAGUGACACUUUUGCACUACAGAACAAAAGCCUGUUCUGUGUACUUGAAGUAGUGUUAUUAAGAAUAUCUAUUUUAUUUUUGUGUUCUUUAAGAUGUGGAAAAUUUGUUUGGUAACUUUUGCACUAUUUUGGAUUACAGAAAAAAACCUUAUUGUUGGCAACCAAAGUUCAAUGUUUGUGUUUGCAGCUUGAUUUUAAUUUGAAAUAUACUGCUUUUUGUUGUUUUUACUGAAAAGAUGCUAAGUGUACUGUAAGUGUUUCUCUUAAAAAAUAUCUGCAGCUGCAACUUGAGAAAUCAAGUGUUCAGUGACACUUUUGCACUACAGAAUAAAAGCCUGUUCUGUGUACUUGAAGUAGUGUUAUUUAGAAUUGUAUUUUUGUGUUCUUUAAGAUGUGGAAAAUUUGUUUGGUAACUUUUGCACUACUUUGGAUUAGAGAAAAAAACCUUAUUGUUGGCAACCGAAGUUCAGUGUUUGUGUUUGCAGCUUGGUUUUAAUUUGAAAUAUGAAACCAAGUGUUCAGUGACACUUUUUGCACAAGAGAACAAAAGCCUGUUCUGUGUACUUGAAGUAGUGUUAUUUAGAAUAUCUAUUUUAUUUUUGUGUUCUUUAAGAUGUGGAAAAUUUAGUGUUUGGUAACUUUUGCACUAUUUUGGAUUACAGAACCUUUUCACUGUUUUUGUCAUUUGCCUUAUAGAAAACCUCUCUUACUUGAAGUACUGUUUACAAUAUCCACUUUAUUUUUGUAUUAUUGAAGAAUUGAGAAAUUGUUUUUGUUUUUGUUUUGUUUUUUGUUGAAACUUUUUUGCAAUAUAGAUUGUGCUUCUGAGGUACUAUUCUUAUUUAAAAUAUUGGCAAUGUUAUUUGUGUUUGUUUGCACUAUUUUGCACCAUAGAGUACUGGGUUUGAAUUUUGAGUUUUGAGA